GCCUUCUACAAUGGCCCCACGCUCGAAAGCCGAACAUCUCAGCCUUCAGAAAAAUUCGGAGAACAAAAGAAUUUCACUCUUUUCUUCCAUGUAUGGAAGAAGAAGAGGAAGAAGAGGACUUCGUCGAUCGAGUUCAAGUGGGUUAACGAUACGUAUGCGGCUUGCAGAAAGACGUUGAGGCCGUUGGGAGGGAGAUGGGGAAGGGCCGAUUCUCGCUGCGGCGGAGGAAGAAAGCGGCGCCGGCGGCGGUGACGUCGCCGAGGCCGACUCCUGUAUUGGAGCAAGCCUCCGGCAACGUCGGCGGGAUUUUGGUCGCGUCCAGUGCGGGGACGAGCAAGCCCGGGAAGAAGAAGGCGGUUGGGGCCAGGCUGUGGAUGAGGUUUGACAGGACGGGGCAAUCGGAGCUGAUGGAGUGCGAUAAGAGCUCUAUCAUCAAGCGCGCCUCCAUUCCUGCUAGGGACUUGAGGAUCCUCGGUCCUAUAUUCUCUCACUCCUCCAGUAUCCUUGCUAGGGAGAAGGCUAUGGUUAUUAACUUAGAGUUUGUAAGAGCUAUAAUUACUGCUGAAGAACUUUUGUUGCUUGAUCCUCUGCGUCAAGAGGUUCUUCCGUUUAUUGAUCAGCUGAGGCACCAACUGCCACAGAAGAGUGCUUUAAAGACGAGUGGGAGAAAUGUUGUACAAGACGAGGAUUUGGAAUUUCCGAAUGCUGAAAAAUGGCUGCAAGUGCCAGAAGCUGUUGAAGGGUUGCAGGAAGAACUUCCAUUUGAGUUCCAGGUGCUGGAGGUUGCAUUGGAGGUUGUCUGUACGUAUCUCGACUCUAGUGUGGCAGAACUCGAGAGAGAUGCUUACCCUGUUCUUGAUGAACUUGCCAAGAGUGUUAGCACGAGGAACCUUGAGCAUGUCAGAAGUUUAAAAAGUAACCUUACCCGAUUGUUAGCACGGGUACAAAAGGUGAGAGAUGAAAUCGAACACCUUUUAGAUGAUAACGAAGACAUGGCCCAUUUGUACUUGACUAGGAAAUGGAUUCAUAAUCAACAACCUGAAGCUCUAUUAUUGGGAACUACUGCCUCAAAUGCAAUUAACCCAGUCGUGCCUAAUCUUCGAAGGCUUAGUUCAAUCAGAAGUGGAAGCUUUGUUAGCAACUUUUUAAAUGAUGAUGUGGAAGAUCUGGAGAUGUUGCUGGAGGCUUACUUCAUGCAGUUGGAAGGCACCCGUAAUAAGAUAUUAUCUGUGCGCGAGUACAUAGAUGACACGGAGGACUACGUCAACAUCCAGCUGGACAAUCAACGAAACGAACUGAUUCAACUACAGCUGAUACUGACCAUCGCAUCAUUUGCCAUAGCUGUGGAGACCUUGGUCGCGGGUUGGUUUGGCAUGAACAUCCAUUGUGUUCUAUACGAUAUUGAUGGGAUAUUUUGGCCAUUCGUUGGCGGUAUGACAGCUGCUUGUAUAAUUCUCUUCUUUAUCAUGCUAGGCUACGCCAGAUGGAAGAAGCUACUCGGCUCAUAAACGCCUCCUCACACGCUUAGUUCCACGUUAUCUCUAUCACCGAUCCAUGCCAAACUUUCCUGUCAUGAAAUCAUGAUAGCUUUAAAGCCAACAAGUUAUGUUAUUUCAUGUGAAAUUGUAUUUAUCCCCACAAUCCCCAUCAUUCCAUGUGCAACUUGACAGCCUAACAUUCCAUAUUUUUCCAUUCUUGAAUCAAUAUUAUUAUGAAGUUUUGCAAAAAGUGUGAGUGUUGGAAGGUGGUUGUUGUGGGAAGGUGGAAGGACAGGGAGACAUACAUUACAAUCUGAGUGAGAAUGACAGACAAAAGAUACAGGCAGACAAUACAAUGAGGAUGUGAAUGAGUUCAAGAAAUGCCCAGUGAUGAAAGGGUCCCAUUUGCCCUAUAAAAUUUGGGUGAAGAUCAAGUGCCAGCUUUCCUUUGUUACUUUGUAUCUCCUCCACUUGGACACUUGUUUGUUGUUUUCUUUGGGAAUUUUUUCUUUUUUAAA